AUGGCAACCCCGUCUACAGCCUCCCUUGAUGACAAGAAGCGCUCUGUCCCCGUCAAUACCAAUUUCCCCUUGAACUUACGCCACAAUCAAACUGGCAGACCGUCGUCACCUCAUACACCUCAACAGCAGUUGCGGUCCAAUAACUCUUCCUUUGCGAGCACCGGCUCGGGGGGCUCUUCCUUCCGCGGAGACGAAGAUGCGAUUAUAUUUGAACUUGGAUCGCGGUGGCUUCGAGCUGGAUUCGAGGGCGAAAGCAUGCCUAUAUGUGUCGUUGGAUAUGGGCCAGAAGACUGGAGGAGAGCUGGCGACUAUAGAGGAUGGUUGAAGGGGACCAACAAUACAAGCAGCUCACGGGGAGUCAAACCAGAUGAAUGGACUGGUGCAUAUGAACUGUGGAAAAUGGAUUUACGUGAUGUCGACCUGGGGCUCAUCGAGGACAAAAUCGAACGGGUAUUUCGGGAAACAUACAACAAAUAUCUGCUGACAGAUGCGGGUACAUCACGAUUGGUGCUGGUCAUCCCGUCCAUCAUGCCACAUCCGUUAUUAUCUUCGAUUCUGUCGACUCUUUUCAGUCGCUGGCGAUUCCCGAGUAUUACCCUUCUUCCGAGCCCUGCAAUGGCCGCGGUAGCAGCAGGGCUCCGCUCAGCAUUGGUGGUAGAUCUGGGAUGGGCAGAAACUACUGUAAGCGGGCUGUACGAAUACCGAGAGAUUGCGGCCAAGCGAAGUACAAGAGCCAUGAAGUCCUUGCUUCAAGAGACAGGGAGGAUGCUUACUCGACUUGCCUCGGACGCCAGCCGGGAAUCUGAAGUUGUGGACGACAUAACCGUCAGCUUCGAGUACUGCGAAGAAGUCGUCAGUCGUUUUGCUUGGUGCAAGCCCCGGGUAGGUGACAAUGCAGCUUCACCACCAGAAUCGCACGAGGAGACUAUCCCCGACUCUGUAGGCAACAGGAUGGUGUCGAUUCCGUCCCCAUCGAAUCCUAAUUCGACCUAUAUUGAUAUUCCAUUUUCGGCAUUCGCGGAGCCGGUUGAAAAGGUCCUUUUCGCCAAGGAAUCAGCGGAGCGCGAUUUGGACGACGAGGAAAAGUCAAUACCUUUGUUGGUUUACAACACGCUACUCCGCCUGCCGCCCGAUGUUAGGGGCACAUGUAUGUCGCGGAUAAUAUUCGUUGGGGGUGGUGCUACUAUUCCCGGCAUUCGACGGCGAGUCAUCGACGAGGUGGCGGCUAUGAUCAAUACGUAUGGCUGGAGCCCAGUCCGUGGCGAAGCGACCCAGAAAGUAGAGGAGAAGCUCCUAGCUUUGAGGCUGAAAGCGCCGGCACCCGCGAAGGGCGGUCGAGACAAUACCAUAGAGCCCUCUGAAAGUUCAGCGGUACCGGACAGUCAAGGGAAUGAGGCGCCCGAAGAAGAGGUAGAUUUCGUUGAGCAGAAGCUACGCCGUAGCAAGGACAAGGACAUGAAACACCAGGUACAUGGUAUACUGCGCGAGGUGGAAUCUCUGGGUGCCUGGGCCGGAGCUAGUCUUGUGGCAAGCCUCAAGAUCAGGGGACAGGUGGAAAUUGAGCGGGAGAAAUACCUUCAGCAUGGUCUUGCUGGUGCCAGCCGGGACUUGGAUCAUGGCCAUGUUCCUGAUCGACGUUCUGGUCUUCGAGCAGGCGGUGACCGGUCAAGCUGGACACUAGCAGCCUGGGGUUGA